AUGUGGGAACUGCCUUCCAGGGGGCCGGAGGGCCUGGGGAGGUCGCUAAGCUUCCAAGCAGAGGCCACCGGGACCUUUCCACCCCGACAGCCGCUGGAGAGCUCAGCGGGGAUCUCGAGGCCCGGGCGGUCCACUAAAGAAGGUGAAGAUGCACCUUCCAAAUCAAGAGCUUCCAAAUCAGAUGUGCCUCAGGCUUCAGAGUCUAAUGUGGAAAAAAGUACAUCCUUCGAAUCGAAGUUUACUGAUAUGGACUCAAACCUUGGGGCAUGGGAAGUUGGUGUACUGACCUGGUCUCCAUCAACCUGGAUUACACAGGCUCAAGUUUCAGAGACUCGGAUGGCAAAGGCUCAGGCCUGGGAGACCCUUGCUUUGGCAAGAAUUACCUUACAACCCAAGCCCAGUGUCACAGAAUUAUCAACAGUGACAACCCUGAAACAGGAAUCCUCAGAGUUGGUGAACAGGAUGAGUAAGGAGAGCAAUGAAGGCUACCCUCCCCGGCUACUCUGGACCAGCAAGGUUGAGUACAUGCUGGCUCUCAUGGGCUACUUGGUGAUGCCAUCUGGAGUCCUGCGCUUUGUCUCAGGCUGGGUUCACAAAGGAAGCUGCAGCUUCUUUAUAGCAUACAUCUUAAUGCUGUUGGGCAUCGGGAUUCCUCUUCUCUUCCUGGAGAUGGCAGUUGGCCAGAGGGUACAGCAGAGCAGUGCGGACCUGUGGAAGAACCUGAGCCCCUGGUUUGGUGGAGUGGGGUACAGCAUGGUUAUGGUGUGCUUCAUCAUUAACACCUACCUGAAUGUGUUCAAUUCCUGGAUCUUCUUCUACAUGAGCCACAUAUUCUACUUUGUUGUCCCAUGGGAUCAGUGUCCCUUACAAAGGAAUUCCAGUAAAUUUGAUCCUGAGUGUGAACAGGCAACAUCCUACACGUACUUUUGGUACCGGCAGACCUUGAAAGCCUCAGACAGAAUUGAGGAUGGAGGGCAGCCAUCCUUCAGCCUGGGCAUGUCUCUCUUUCUGUCCUGCUGUCUCAUCUGUGCCUUCUUGGUCUAUGGGAUCAAGUCCAUUGGGAAGGUCCUGUGUGUCUUGCUACUAGUUCCCUACUGCAUCAUCGUCUGCUUCCUCAUCCGGACUCUGUCAAUAGACGGUGCAGAAUACGGACUUAAGCACCUGCUGAUCCUCCAGGUGGCGAGCAUCUCUGACUUAACUAUUUGGUGCCAAGCAGGUAUCCAGGUCUUGUUUGAUGUUGGCCUGGGCAUUGGCCCCAUUGUCUCCUUAGCAUCACACGUACCUGACUUCAACAACUGUAUGGCCGAUGCCUUCUUAAUGGCUCUGUUCAAGAUAAUCACCUUGUUGAUGACCACGCCCUUCCUCCUCUCCAUCCUGGGCUUCUGGGCCACUACAACCACACAUCACUGCUGUAAGAAGAACAGAGAGAAGCUUCUAGGGCUAAUAGCCCAGGGGAUUCUGCCUCCUGAGGUACAGCCCCCUAAACUGAGGGCCAACCCGACCUCCAGCUACAAUUCCUGGCUCAGCAGCCUCCCUCCACCCUUGAGGAGUGCCGUUCUGGGCGUGGUGCCUGAAUGCAGCGUCCAGAAGCAGUUUCUGAAGAUUCAGGACAACCCUCGCUUCCUGUUCCUGAUCUUCACUGAGGUCAUCUCACUGCUACCUGGGUCUGGCUUCUGGACUGUCCUCUUCUUCCUGCUGCUGCUGACUCUGGGAAUGUGCUCCAAUCUCACGUUCAUGCUGGGCACUGUUUUGACACUCCAGGACACCUUCCCCUUCUGCAGGAGACAGCCGCGGUUGCUCAUGGUGUGUGUUUCCAUGACGAUGUUCCUGUGCGGCCUCUUCUUCAUCCAGCCUUCAGGCAUCUACUACUUUUCACUGCUGAGUGAAUACUGGGUAGCAGUGCCCAUCAUCAUCAUCAUCAUAUGCGAAAACCUUGCUGUAGCCUGGGCCUACGGGGCCAACAGGUUCCUUGCAGACAUGGUGGUGAUGCUGGGCCGCCCCAUUUUCUCUGGCUGCGGCUGGCUGUGGUGCUACGUCUCCCCAACGGUGAUGCUAGGCCUGUUAAUGUCUGUCUUCGUAUACCUUGUCAAGGGGCCCCUUGUCUACUUUGCCUGGGACUCAAGCACCUCAAAAGAGGUGGUUCGUGUUUUCCCAGCGUGGACCAAGAUUCUGAUUGCUGGACUGACUGUCUUUGUCCUCAUGCCCAUCCCUGCAUACUUCGUAUACUGCCUCACCCUGGGGAUUCCCUUCAGAUCUACACCAUCCAGUAAGCUACCACAGGGCAGUGGCCAGCUACAGACUACAAAGGAGGCCUCAAAGGAUAUUCUACAGGACUACAAAACAGAGUCCUAA